AUGGCCUCUCAAAAGAUAGCUAUCUUGUCUGUCUAUGACAAGACGGGUCUGCUCGACCUAGCCAAAGGUCUCAUUAAGAACAAUGUCCGUCUUCUAGCAUCUGGAGGCACAGCAAAACUGAUUCGCGAGGCUGGUUUUGAUGUCGAGGAUGUCUCCGCAAUCACCAACGCCCCUGAGAUGCUUUCAGGCCGUGUCAAGACCCUCCAUCCGGCAGUGCACGCUGGUAUCUUGGCACGGAACCUGGCUUCGGACGAGAAAGACCUCGCCGACCAGAACAUCAAUAAAGUCGACUAUGUUGUGUGCAACCUGUACCCCUUCAAGGACACCGUUGCUAAGGUCAACGUCACCAUCCCUGAAGCGGUAGAAGAAAUCGACAUUGGAGGUGUCACCUUGAUCAGAGCUGCCGCCAAAAACCAUUCUCGAGUCACCAUUCUCAGCGACCCUCAGGACUACCCCAGCUUCCUACAGGAGCUCGAGAAGGGAGAUAUCCCGGUAGAGACCCGUCAGAGGUACGCUCUAAAGGCAUUUGAGCAUACCGCCGACUACGAUGCGGCCAUCGCGGAUUUCUUCCGCAAGCAAUAUGCCGGUAACGGAGUCCAACAGCUUUCUCUACGCUAUGGCGCAAACCCGCACCAAAAGCCUGCGGCCGCUUUUGUUCGCAACCGCAACCUUCCUUUCAAAGUUCUGGGAGGGUCUCCAGGAUAUAUCAACCUGCUUGACUGUCUCAAUGCUUGGCCACUGGUCAAGGAGCUCAAAGAGGCGCUUGGCUUGCCCGCAGCAGCUAGCUUCAAACAUGUCUCCCCAGCCGGCGCCGCCAUUGGUGUACCACUGACCGAGACAGAACGCAAGGUAUACAUGGUUGAUGAUAUUGCGGGUAUUGAGACCUCCGCUCUCGCCCAGGCAUACGCUCGAGCUCGCGGGGCCGAUCGCAUGUCAAGCUUUGGUGAUGCUAUCGCGCUCUCCGAUGUUUGUGAUGUUGCUACGGCAAAGAUCAUCUCUCGAGAGGUAUCUGACGGCGUUAUUGCACCCGGGUAUGAACCAGAGGCACUGGAGAUCCUGAAGAAGAAGAAGGGGGGCAAGUAUCUUGUUCUGCAGAUGGACGAGACGUACGAGCCCCCUUCUCAAGAAUCGAGGACUGUCUAUGGCGUCACCCUCACUCAAGGGCGCAACGAUGUCAAAAUAUCGCCCACCGAGUCGUUCAAUACCGUCAUUCGCCCGAAGAACUCGCCACAACUGUCUGAUUCCGCAUUGCGUGACCUCACUGUGGCAACAAUUGCCGUCAAAUAUACCCAGUCGAAUUCCGUCUGCUAUGCUCUAAAUGGGCAAAUCAUUGGCCUGGGCGCUGGCCAACAAAGUCGCAUUCACUGUACCCGACUCGCGGGAGACAAGGCUGAUAACUGGUGGAUGCGCUUCCAUGAGCGAACGCUUUCCAUAUCAUGGGCCAAAGGUGUCAAGCGACCGGAGAAGUCAAAUGCCAUCGAUAUGCUAUGUUCGGGCCAAGUGCCGCCCCAGAGCGAAUUCGAGACCAAGGACUACGAGCGCAGUUUCGCGGAGGGCAGUGUGCCAAAGCCGUUCUCUCCCGAGGAGAGGCGAGAGUGGCUGUCGAAGUUGAGUGAGGUUGCGGUUUCGAGCGACGCCUUCUUCCCGUUCGUCGACAACGUGUAUCGUGCAGCUCGCAGUGGCGUCAAGUAUAUUGCUGCUCCCACCGGCUCGCAAAAUGAUGGCGCAGUCUUUGAUACAGCAGAGAACUUGGGUAUUACCUUCAUUGAGCAAAGGACUCGUCUCUUCCACCACUGA